AUGGAAAAUAAAAACUAGACUAAUCAAAACAACAGCAGCUUUUAAAGCAAUGACCUUACAACUUUAAUCAAAUAGGAUUACGAGAUCAGAAAUUAAUACUGCACUUUCAGUAAUGGUCUGUAAUAAAAUCUACUAUACGCUCGUGAAAAAAUUCUUUAUUGGGUUUUAGAUGUAAUGGAGAAAAUUGAGCUAUCCUUAAGGUCGAUCGAAAUAUUCGUCUUCAUUUUUGAAUUACAUUGGGUGAAAAAUUAGAAUUCUAUUCCUAAACAAGAGUUAUAAAAGCUAGCUUUGAGCUCCCUUUAUUUAGUCAUUAAGGAAAUAGAAAAUGAAGAAAUAACUGUCGAUUAUCUAAAUUAUAUGUGUAAAAAUGCCUAUUCUAAUGAAGAAAUAGAAACUUAGAUAAAGGAUUAGAUGAAUUCCUUGCCAAAUCUUAAUUUUAUAAUUACUCCAUCUAUUCUUUUACCAGCUUUUAAGAUUUAGAUUGACGAAGAAGACUACAAAACUGCAUCACUUUUCGUUUAUUAAACUUACGAUAAUAUUAUAAGUCUGAAUUCUUCAGAAAUACUUUUCAUUACUCUCAAAUUUAUACAAACUUCUCCUCUCAUAAAUAGUAAAUAUGAGGACGAGAAUAUUAAAGCUAUUAUAAAAUUACUUGCGCCUUUUAUUUCUUCCUCAUUAGAAUAGCUUGAGCAAAUAGUAAAAGAAAUUAAUGAAUUUGUAGAACAACACGAUGAUAAUCUCUCUGAAGACUUUAAUUUUCCUAAUGGUUCCUCUUAAGACAUCAAAAUUCGCAAAAUGUCUUUAGAGUGCGAUUUAUCUAUGAACUAGCAAAAAUAAUUUGAUGGUGAAUCUUAAAUUCUUAACAAUAUCUCUGAUAAUAGCUUUUAAGACAAUGAUCACAACAUCUCAAUAGAGCAAGAAAUAAAAAGUAAUAGAGCUAAUAGCAAACAUCUAGAUUAAGAUAUUUAGAACAACAAAGACAAUGACUUUUUGCUUAAUAUUUUUGUUGAUAAAAAUGAAAAAAAUAAGUAAGAAGAAAUGGAAAAGCCCUAGUCUUGUAGCGAUUGCUUCUAUUUCCAUAAGAGCAACUGCAAUUUUGAUUCAGGCAUCUUUUCUUCCUUUGCAUAAUUGAAUGAUUUAGAGCUCAAAGGUGAUACUAUUUCUAAUGUAUCAACCUGCACUCCUAUAAAUAGUAACUAUAAUAGUAAUAAUCUUUACAAUAGCAACAAUACUCAUUUUAAUAGUUUAAACACUUAAAAUAAUAUGAAUAACUCUGGUCAACUUCACUAAGCAUCAUACCAUUCACACAUUUAGAGUCCUAAUCUCACUAGCUUAAGGAGCAACAAUAAAAAUAUAAAUAAUUAACAUUUCAAUACCAACUUUAGUUCAUCAGAUAAUAGUUUCGCUAAAUGCAUGACAAACAGCUUAAAUAAAUAAAAGUAACCUGAUGAUAUCUUAUAAAGCUAAUAAAAUCUUAACUCUAUAUCUACCCGUCUCACUCUAGAUGAAGAGCAACAAAUAGAAUGA